ACUUUUCCCCGGAUCAUCCUUUUUUGUUCUCGCUCUUGUCACUUUAUUUUCUCACCGGAAACUCUAACAGUAGAGCCACUGUCGCAAUAUUUCAGUUUCCUGAAUAGCUUCACCCGAGACAAUAGCAGGCGUCCGGAGCCGAAGUCUCCCGCACACCCCCAGCUUACAUCGCCCGCGGCGCACUGCACGAUGACCUCAGACUCAGAUCCCCCGCCGUCCGCCAACGCUCCACCACCGACGCGACCUCGCUCGCCCUCGGGGAGCUUCUACGCCCUCAGCGACGACGAGGAAGGGGAUUAUAAUACAAUCACGCACACAGAAACAGGACGGGGCGUCAAGCUUCUUUUCUCUAAGAGCAAGGUCUAUGUUCACCCCACGCCAUCAGCGAAAGAUAAUAUCCCAGGCUACAUAGCCCUACUCCAGCAAAAAGGAGGCUCGAGCGAACGACCGACCUCCUCCUCAUCUCGAGACUCUCGCAACCCACCUCCCUCCAACCUGCUCCUAGCAUGGCUCCCCGAAACCUCCCUCGGCGAAUCCGAGAGUAUUUAUGUCAAAGUCGACCUUAGCGAAGGUGAAUCGCCGCCUAAGCAAUCGUACCUAGUGCCUCCUCCGCCGACAGUCACAUCCCACCGAGGUUCUGUAGGCACAUAUGCUUUCGCUAUCCCCGUCAGCGCAAUAUACUCGCUUCUCGUGAGACCGCCGAGCCUGGGUUGGUGGUUCGGCUCUUUGAUCAUCAAUUCGAGAGCCGGCGACAGUUUCCCCGCGCUGUUUUUUCACGACAGCGAAUGUCAAAGCACGAUCCUCAAGAGGAAGAGGCGGACGAGGGACAGCUUCGACCCGUUCGGUGACCGAGGUGAGAUGUUUUGGGGCGGCGAUGAGGUCCUGCGUUGGUUGCGGCGCUACGUUCCUAUCGAGAGAUCCGGCGCAGAGCCCAACAUUUACUUGGUGGAGCCUUCAAAGGAGGACAGCGAUGCAUUCAGUGGCAAGCUCACUUCCAGUACGGCUCAGGUCGGUCAAAAAGAGGGUACUGGGACUCGAGCCGGCGGCGCUGGCCCCAGUGGCGACGCGCAGAUGGAUCCCUUUGUGAAGCUCAUCAAAGAAACCGGGUGGAACAUCAUGGAGAAGUUCAGCAAGGUUACCACUUUCACCAGGAGGGCUGCUCAAGAUGUCAUCCAGAAUCCCAACGUUCCCCCGCAAGUCAAGAGACUUCUUCGGAAUCCAGAGGUACAGACUCUCCAAGACGAGUUUGACAGCGCAAGGAUUUACUUGGCGCGCUGGGCUAUGGGAAUUGCCGAACAAAGCGAGCGAGAUCGGAGUCAGAGGAUAUGGACUGCUAAGGAGGUCUUGGAGCUCGAAGACACCGAUGUCGGGGAAUUUGAGCUCCUUGACGGCAGUAGCACCAUGUCAUUGGAGGACAGAAGAAAAACGGUGACGUUGAAGGAAUGGAACACGUUCUUCGAUCCACGGACUGGGAGGUUAUCCGUCACUGUCGACGAAGUCAAAGAGCGGGUGUUUCACGGAGGACUGGACCCCGACGACGGUGUAAGAAAAGAAGCGUGGCUCUUUAUCCUCGGGGUUCAUGACUGGUAUAGUACCGCGGAGGAGCGAAAAGCUCAUCUCGCGUCCUUACGAGACGAGUAUGUCAAGUUGAAGGGCGCAUGGUGGGAGAGACUGGUAGACUUGGGAGGUGAGGGCGAACAGGGCGAGUGGUGGCGUGAGCAGCGUGGGCGAAUCGAAAAGGAUGUCCACCGGACAGAUCGUAACGUGCCCAUCUUCGCUGGAGAAGAUAUCCAGCACCCCGAUCCCGACUCCCCCUUUUCCGAGGUCGGGACCAACGUCCACCUUGAGCAGAUGAAGGACAUGCUCCUGACGUACAACGAGUACAACAAGGACCUCGGCUACGUGCAGGGCAUGUCUGAUCUCCUUGCUCCCAUCUACGCCGUUAUGCAGGACGACGCCAUCGCCUUUUGGGGCUUCCAGCACUUCAUGGACCGAAUGGAGCGCAACUUCCUACGCGAUCAGUCGGGUAUGCGGUCUCAGCUGCUGACUCUUGACCAUCUCGUUCAGUUUAUGGACCCCAAGCUUUACGCUCACCUGCAGUCUGCUGAUAGCACCAACUUUUUCUUCUUCUUCCGCAUGUUGCUCGUCUGGUAUAAACGGGAGUUCGAGUGGAUGGACGUACUGCGUCUUUGGGAGACUCUGUGGACGGACUAUUUGAGCAGCAGCUUCCACCUCUUUGUGGCCUUGGCCAUUUUGGAGAAGCACCGAGACGUCAUCAUGACCCACCUGCAACAUUUCGACGAGGUGCUCAAAUACGUCAACGAGCUUUCCAAUACCAUGGAUCUUGACUCAACUCUCAUUCGUGCGGAAGCGCUGUUCCGCCGCUUCCACCGCCUGGUUGAGGCCGUCGAUAAGAAGGGCAAUUUCCCAGGACCGAGGAUUAAAGAUCCGGGCUCUCCUUCCAAGUCGGCAUCCGCCGGCAAAACUCCGCAGGAGAGCCAAAGUAGCGCAGGCCCAGCAUCGCCGCGCAAGGACAAGAACAAGGCAACCGAAGAGCCCGAUGUCAAAAAGGUCAUCACUCCGGAGUUGAGAGAGCUGCUCAGUCGGAAGGUCGUGAUCUUGCCGCGGAAAGAAGUAGCCAAGAAGGGCGACGGGCCCGGAAGGUCAUGAAGAACAUAAGUUACACGAGGACAUGACGGAAAGAAAGCAUGGGUUGGAAAUGGGUGGUAAAUGGCAUUUUGGGCGUCUGGGCGUUGUGUCUGGACUAAAUAGCGAUCGGAGGGUGAGAACACUUACGCUGCAACAUGUACGAUACGUCCUUCCGCCCCCUAAUACACAAUUUUGUUGGCGGCACCUAUGAGAACAAGAUGACGGUGACUUUUGCCCCGUUCUAGAUUUGCCCGAAAAAAUAAGUGUGGUUAAGGCCCCACGUGUGAC